GAGGAUGAAACUAAUUACUACGGAUUCAGAUUCUCUCUCUUUCAGUUACUAUUUUAAUUCCCAUUCAAAAUCUAUCCAUUAAUUAAUGCAUGAAAAUUCACGUUCUUUGAACUACUAUAUAUAUAAUACACACACACAAAUCUCUGAUUCUUGCUCAUCACCCGCCGUUAGACCCUCAAACUCCUUUUAUUAUACGUUAUAUAUAUAUUAUUAUGUGUAAACAUAUUUGAGCCAGAAACGCUUUGUUUUGGUUUUGUUGGAUCUCUCUCAUAUGGCAAUUGAAGGUUAUUUUCAUCCAUAUUUUGGUCACGUCAAUCAAAAUAGGUCCUUUCCUGAUUCUAAUUCUAAUGUGUACGCCACUGUCAACUAUAACAAUGUUGAGCUUGAGACCUUUCAUCAACAGAAGGACGAGGUUGAUCACUUUUUAAGAUCACAGAAUGAGAAAUUGAGAAUAUUUGUGCAAGAGCAGAGAAAGCAACAAGUUGAGACGUUAUUGAAGAAGAUAGAGUUGGAUGUUUUUUCUAUGCUAAAACAAAAGGAUGAACAAAUAGCACAAGCAACUAAGAGAAGAUUGGAGUUGGAAGAAUUGUUGGCAAGGCUAGAGAUAGAGAAUCAAACAUGGCAGAGAGCUGCUCAUGAAAAUGAAGCCAUGGUGUUGUCUCUCCAAAAUGCCUUAGAACAACAGAUGAAAGAAAGAGCUUCCUAUUGUUACAACAAUGAUGAUGCAGAGUCGUGUUGUGACAACAAAAAUCAUCAAGAAGAAACAGGGGAAAACAGAGUAUGUGGUGAUGAACAAAUUACAAGUGUUAAUAACAUGAUGAUUUGCAAAUGUUGUCGUUCACGGGAGUCGAGUUUUAUGUUCCUUCCUUGCAGGCACCUUUGUUCGUGCAAAGCGUGUGAGCCUUCUCUCCAAGCAUGUCCUGUGUGCUUAAUGCAAAAGAGAUCUAUUAUAGAGACUCUCAUUUUCUAAGAACGUGUUCAUUGCUAACUAAAUGUAGUUUACUUAUAGAUGUUUAUGAGAAGGAGAAUGAGUAAUUCCAAUUUCAUUUUUUGGUGAAUACAGCUUCAUUUUAGUUUUUUUUUUUUUUUUUGAACCACUUUUAUAUAUAUUUUUCAUUUUUGAUUAACAAAUAAAUUUAUAGGAUAUUUCAACUACUUUUCUAUAUUUUUUGUUUCAAGUGUAUAUGUUCCUGCUUUAUUUUGCUAGCAUUGUGAACUUCACUUUGCACAUCUUGUCUUUGCACAUCUUGUGCAUAGCCUUGAUCCAUGUGUAUGUGUUAUUUGUUAUCUUAUCUUUGAAAUGUGUUCUUUGGGA